AAAGGUUAAUAUUCUUUCGUACAAGACAAAAUCGUUUUCCGAUUGGUCAAAUAUAUUGUCAUUUAAACCUUCUGGACGACGGUUGUUAGCUACAGUUUGUUUACAUCUGAGCAACACAUUUAUCUGCAUAAAGCGUUAGCAAGCCUGCUUCUCCCCAGCCUGUGUAUUUGGAAAUGUAUACUGCUCACCACGUGUUUGUCCUUAAUAUCACCGGCAGUCCUUUUAACAAGGCAUCUAGCUACAGAAAGCCCAGUUCUUCAAAUCUGCGGAAGAAAGCCGGACCCAAACCUGACCUAACAGAGGAACAGAAACAGGAGAUCCGUGAAGCAUUUGAUCUCUUCGACACGGACGGCUCGGGGACCAUCGACGUUAAAGAGCUGAAGGUGGCCAUGAGAGCCUUGGGCUUUGAACCCAAGAAAGAGGAGAUAAAGAAGAUGAUUGCAGACAUUGAUAAGGAGGGCUCUGGCACUAUUGAUUUCAACGACUUUCUGUCCAUGAUGACGGUGAAAAUGAGUGAAAAGGAUUCUAAGGAGGAAAUUCUGAAGGCUUUCCGGUUGUUUGAUGAUGACGGCACAGGGAAAAUUUCUUUUAAAAAUCUCAAAAGAGUGGCCAAAGAGCUCGGAGAAAACCUGACAGACGAGGAGCUGCAGGAAAUGAUAGAUGAGGCAGACCGGGAUGGAGAUGGAGAGAUAAAUGAACAGGAGUUCCUGAGGAUAAUGAAGAAGACGAGUCUGUAUUAGAGUGCUGCAUUCAGAGCAUCAAGCUCGCUCACAAACUCUCCACGAAACUUGUGCUUUGUACUCGUUUAUGGAACUGGAAGUUGCGUUUCAAGGUUUACCACAAAAGUACAUUUUUGUUUCUUCUUUUUGAAAAAAAUAAAAAUGUAUGUUUAUAUUUUGUAAAAUUUUCAAGACAAUAAAAGGUUUGCUCAUAA